UGGUACAGCUGUACAACGAAGACAAUAAUAGCCAACCAAGAAUCAAGGCUACAACUCAUUUUUCUAGUUUCGCCGUUGUGGUCUUUUCUUCCAGACAAAUCGAUCCAAGCCAUGGUAUCACCAAAACCGCAAAAGAGAUCUCCUUCUAGUGCUAGCAAUUCCAGUUCUAGUAAGAAGGCCAAGAAAAAGAUGGCAACAGCAGUGGAGAAUGAUGAGAAAGAGGCUCCUCAGCCAGUCUCCUCUGAUGAUGAUAAUGAUACUCAAGAUGAAUGGGAAGUGGGUAUCCCCAAGGCUGACACUCCUACCAACAAAAUGGUCCUAACCAAGAAAUCUACAUGUACUGACAAUGAGUCCAAAGCAGAAAUGUCCCGCUUAUUCGCUCCCUAUCGAACUGUAGGGAUUGUCUCCAGUGGAACACCCUUUUAUCUCAUGCCACACCAAAACUCCGCUUCGGCAAUGCUAUGUCUUCCCAUUGGAGAACGAUUCCAUAUUCUACAAUGCGACAAGUUGCAGCCGGUUCUGGUCAGUCAAAAAGUACCUGCAAUACACAACAACUCCCACAACAAAAAGAAGAAAACACAAAAACCACAGCAUAUUGCGCACAUGGUAUCGGAUGCCACUCUCAGUAUCAGUGCCGUCGCACAUGGACCCAAGCAACAUGCACAACUCAUCACACUCUACAGUCGAACAAGACCGUUACAGACUCUACCUGUACAGCACCAACAAACUUGGAACAUUGUAGAUCUACUGCACUUGGGACGGACCAAAGUGCCCAUGAAGGGAGAAAAAGAGGGGAAAAUGGAAAAUGCCGCCAUUAUUGCAGCCAUUCUCAGCAGGCAUCACACCACCAAUAGCAAUAACAACAACAACCCUAACCAGGAUCAAGGUGUGGAUGUUGUGGGAGACAGCAGUGAUGAUGAUAGUGACAGCAGUGAAGGAGACAGUGACAGCCAAUCAUCGAAUGAUACAUCCUCUCCCAACUGUCACUGUCAGGUUGUCAUUUAUUUUGCCACAAGAGAUUCUUUGAAACUACACAAACGAAUUUCUCUCACCACCCAACCAGACUUUGUACCACAAGUGGCCAUGCAUCCUUCCACCUACGUCAACAAAAUUGUCAUGGGAGGAUACACCAUUGGCAAUGAUGACGAUAAUCAACGGGCACCCGCUUUAUCCCUGCUCAAUAUUCGAAGUGGCAAGGUCGUCCAUGUCUUUAAAUGCAUUGGAAAAUCCAAAAAACUAACUGCCGUGAAACGCAAGGAUACUACCGUGACUACACUGGAACAGUCACCGGCCGUGGAUACAGUGGCGGUGGGAACCGAUGGAGGCAAAGUCCACUUGAUCAAUCUGAGACACGAUAAAACACUCUUUACUCUCAUGCACAAGCCUCGGGAUGGAUCCAGCAAACCGGUGAGCAUCACUUCCAUUUCGUUUCGGACGGAUGGAUCCGCCAUGAAUUAUGGGAUUGCACCCAUGGCGGUGGGACGAUCCGAUGGUUCCAUUACCGUUUGGAAUCUCAAUCCGCCCGAUGACGAAGAUGAUGAGGACGACGAAAGAAGCAACAGCAAAAAGGAACGAACUAUCCUUACCGAAAUGUAUAACGUUCAUCUGGGAGGCAUAUCCAAACUCAUGUUCUUGCCGCAAGAACCUUUGCUGGUUUCCAUCGGCAAGCACUCCAACUCGGUCCUGAUGCACAUUUUUGACAAUCCGGAUCAUUCCGGGAGGAUUCUGCGACAACGAAAGGGACACACGGCAGCACCCGCCAAAAUAGAAUACUUGCAUCCCGGAGCGGCAGCGGGGGGAGGAAUCAUGGUCAACAUGUCCGAUGGUACCGAUGCGUCCGCCUGCCAAAUCUUGUCCUCGGGAUCUACCGACAGAACGCUCCGAGUGUUUUCCACCGCCAGGACCGUCUUGGAUAAAGAGUACAGUCAGGGAAAAGGUUUGGAGAAGAGAGCCAAGAAAUUAGGAAUGGAUUCCACCGCCGAAUUAUUGUUGCCACGCCUGACGGGCAUGGCCAUGAGCGAGGCUCGAUCUCGAGACUGGGGUGACCUCGUCACGAUUCACGAGCAGCAUUCCAUUGCAUAUGUGUGGAGCACCAAACGAGGCGCACAAUGGGGACCUGUCUUGCGACAAACAGAUUGGAAUGUUAGUGCCAUGAAGGCUCCUCCCCCACCGUCCACUCAUGCCGUGUCUAUAGCCAUGUCGGCUUGUGGAAACUUUGCCGUGGUGGGGACCAAAGGUGGCGUCAUUUACAAAUACAAUGUCCAGAGUGGAAACCCUCGGGGCUCGUAUCCUCGGGAUGCCGGAGAAGGCGACGAUGGCGAUGGAUUCAAACGCAAACGUUUGCAACCUGGUGAUGUCAAGCGGACCAUGAAAUCGCUCGAGAAAAAAAUGAAAAUCAGCAAUCGUGCUUCUAAUCUUGACAAGCGUGAUCAGGAUGCGGUGCAAGAAGCCCUAGUGGAACAACGACGGCAGGCGAAGCUCAAGCUGGCCUGCCACAGUGGCUACGCUGUAGCUGGGCUUGCCGUGGACUCAACAAACAAGACAAUGAUAUCAGUUGGCGCAGACGCCAAGUUGAUUCUGUGGAAUUUUGCAACGCAUGCUCCCCACAAAAAGAGUCCUUACCAGCUUCCCAGUCCAGCCACUCUACUUUGUCACGUUCGAGAUUCUGAUCUGGCGGCAAUCGCUCUCGAAGAUUUCUCGACGCUCUUGUUCGAUUGUACGACUCUUUCCAUUGUGCGCCGAUUCGGAGGCGGCAGCACCGCAGAGCUAUCUCGACAUUCUGGGCCGAUUUCCGACAUUGGUUUUAGCCCCGACGGACGAACUCUAUACACCGGAUCAUUGGACGGAACCGUCCGAGUGUGGGAUGUCCCAACAAACACCUGCAUAGAUUGGCUUGGUUUUGAGACACCGCCAACGUCCCUCACAGUGAGCCCCACUGGUGAAUUUUUAGCGACAUCCCAUAUGGGCAAGCUAGGCUUGAGUAUUUGGAGUGAUAGGAGUUUUUAUCAGACCGUCAACGUCAAUGGAGCCAAAGAGUUGGAGGAGCCAUUUCGUAUGGACGAACCCAAACCAAUCGCUGAAGUUUGGGAACAGAGCGACGAUCCGGUCGAAAAGGCUGAACUGCCGAAAUUGCUGAAGGCUCUCGCCGAGAAAGACGGUGACAACGAAGCUGAAGAGAGCCCCGAUGACAAGCUCCCUGCUCCAGCAAAGCAGAAGGGCCUAGUCACACUCAGCAAUCUACCUCCGGCGCACUGGAAGAACUUGUUUCACUUGGAACUCAUUAAGGAACGCAACAAGCCCAAGGAAGCACCCAAGAAGCCUCCAUCAGCUCCGUUUUUCCUUCAAUGGAGAGGAGGCGACUCCGUGGGUCCAAAGCCUGCAGAAAGUACUGAAGAGGAGGCAAAAGAAACUCCAAACGAUGAAGAUGAAUGGAAGGCUGCUUGGUCGGACGACGAUGACGAAGGCGCGCCGGCUUUUGAUGAGUCCAUGGCCGAUGUUGAGGAAACUGACGGUCAAGACGCAAAAGGCGACAACGCCCAAAUUUCUUCUAGUAGCAAGAAACGAGAGCUGGAGAAAGCCGCUGGAAGCAAAAUUCUCUCUUCAUCCAACAAGAAGAGAAUCAAGAUUAGUCACCACAGAUCGCACCUGGCAACCUUGCUUCAUAGUUGCAGUGAGAAAGCAUCAGAAGACGAAGCAAGGCGAUUCCAGGAAGUCACGGAUCACAUUGCCACACUCGGCCCAUCGGCAAUUGACGUUGCCUUGUCGAGCCUUUGCAACGGAAUGCACGACCUUGAGGAAGGGCUUCCCCUGCUCCGAAUGGCCUGCAUGUGGCUGAUUGAAGCCUGCGAAUCUCGUGAACGAUACGAAGCUGUGAAUGCCUACCUACAUCGGUUCCUGCAUCUGCACGCUUCUGUGAUUGCAGGGAUUGAAGAAUCAUGGACACCACCACCUUUAGACAACAAAGACGCGUCGGACGAGCGGGAGCGACAAGGAGAGGGACGAAGAGAACUCAUCCAGCUGCUCUCCGAGCUCCGCAGGGUCCAGCAAUCCGCAUUGGAGGUGCUCAAUGGCCAAGUGCAAAACACUCUUUGUCUGUUACGACACUUCUCUCGUAUGGUAUAGAGAUACUAAAUCUGUAACAUAGCCUUGAUAAUGCCAAUAUCCAUACCAUGAAGACGGGAAGCGUAGGCUAUGUGCAAUUGUUGUCUAUACCGUUAUGUAUGUUUAUGGUUUUGUAUGGUUCUGUAAGCAAGCCAGGAUGGGAUGUAUACUGUUGGUAUCCUCUACUUGGUCAAAAUUUCCCUGAUGCAAGCUUAUAUACUGAUGGUGUCCUCUAGACUACUUGGACAAGAUUUCUCGAAUAGGGGCUGGUAGUUUGUUGUUGUCAACCCCCUCGACAUCUUGUAGCAGUCGACACCAGAGUCGUGGUGUCAAGAGGAACUCUUGCCAGCUGAACGGUUCAGCUCCAAUGAAUGGAAAGAAGUCAGCAACGGGAUCUUUUGGUGGUGGGUUGGCGCCUCGUUUUUCGUAAAGGUAUUGUGACAAGAAGUGUACCUGUCUCAAUCCGACGAUGAUGUUGAAAGGAAAGAAGA